CCGCGGGGAAGCAACUCCGCAACGGACCAAGAUGGCGGCGCCCAGUGAGGGGCAAGCGUUCGCUGCGGGGGUUGAAAAGAAUUGGGGUGCGGUUGUUCGCUCCCCAGAAGGGACUCCCCAAAAAGUCCGGCAGCUGAUAGAUGAGGGGAUUGCCCCGGAGGAGGGAGGCGCGGAAGCGAAGGACACAUCUGCCACAUUCCAGUCAGUUAAUGGGUCACCCCAAGCAGAACAGCCGCCAUUGGAAUCUACAAGCAAAGAAGCCUUCUUUAGCAGAGUGGAAACAUUUUCUUCUCUGAAAUGGGCAGGUAAGCCCUCUGAGCUGUCUCCACUUGUCUGUGCAAAAUACGGCUGGGUCACAGUUGAAUGUGAUAUGCUCAAGUGCUCCAGCUGCCAGGCUUUUCUCUGUGCCAGUUUACAACCAGCUUUUGAUUUUGACCGAUAUAAGGACCGAUGUGCUGAGCUGAAGAAAGCCUUGUGCACUGCCCACGAGAAGUUCUGUUUCUGGCCAGACAGCCCCUCCCCAGAUCGAUUUGGGAUGUUGCCAUUGGAUGAACCUGCUGUUCUUGUUAGUGAAUUCCUAGAUCGUUUUCAAAGCCUUUGUCACUUGGACCUCCAGCUUCCUUCCCUGAGGCCAGAGGACUUGAAAACUAUGUGCUUGACAGAAGACAAGAUUAGUCUUCUUCUGCACCUGCUUGAAGAUGAACUUGAUCACCGAACUGAUGAGAGAAAAACUGCAAGCAAAUUAGGCUCAGACAUCCAAGUCCAUGUCACUGCCUGUGUUCUCUCUCUGUGCGGCUGGGCGUGUAGUUCUUCUUUGGAACCCAUGCAGCUCUCCCUGAUAACCUGUUCACAGUGUAUGAGGAAAGUGGGGCUCUGGGGCUUCCAGCAGAUUGAGUCAUCCCUGACGGACCUGGAUGCAUCCUUUGGCCUGACCAGCUCCCCCAUCCCAGGCGCUGAGGGGAAGCCAGAGCGCUUCCCUCUUGUGCCUGAGUCUCCUCGGAGGAUGAUGACCCGGAGCCAGGAUGCUACAUGUUCCCCUGGCUCAGAGCAGGCUGAAAGGAGCCCAGGUCCCAUUGUCUCCCGAACUCGGAGCUGGGACUCUUCCAGUCCCGUUGACCGUUCUGAGCCAGAGGCUGCUAGCCCCACGACCAGAACUCGGCCCGUGACCCGCAGUAUGGGGACAGGAGACGGCACUGGCCUGGAGGUGCCAUCUAGCCCUCUCCGGAAAGCCAAGCGAGCUCGCCUCUGCUCUUCCAGCAGCUCGGACACAUCUUCCCGAAGCUUCUUUGACCCUGCCUCUCAGCAUAGAGACUGGUGCCCUUGGGUAAAUGUCCCACUUGGCAAGGAAACCAGGGAGCAUGGUGGAACGGAGGUAGACACCAGGGGCCCCGCAGAGCCAGGCUGGAAGGCCGUGCUGAACAUCCUCUUGGCUCACAAGCAGUCCAGCCAGCCGGCCGAAACAGACCACACGAGUCUCUCUGAGAAAUCAAGGAAGGUAUUCCGAAUAUUCCGGCAGUGGGAAUCUUUAUGCUCAUCCUGAAGAUUUUCCAGCCCUUCCUGGAGAGAAGCAGAAUGAAGGACUUUGAGAAAUAAAAUCUGAAAUCCUUUUUGGUCAGCAGAUGCUAAGUUUUUCUCCGUUCUGGUUUAAUCAUAAGGAGCCCCUGUCCUUGCAAAAGGCAGUGAAUGUCACUGUGUCUGACUGAGGGGGAGCCUGUCUCCAUGCGGGGUGUGGGCAGGUGAGGUACAGCAAGCCUGCUUCUGCUAAAGGAGUGUGGGGUUUAUUCAAACAGACGGAAGACCAAGGACUUGAGCACUUUUACUCUCUUUCAGUACGGGGCAGUGUUUUGAGGACUCUUACAUCCCAGGAAUAUGAGAGUAUGUAUUAAUAAAAUAUUUGUUAAAUUUC